GAGUAAAAAAAUACUCCGUAAAAUACGAAGUCCAUUUUCUUGCAAGUAAAUUAGUAAAAAAAAAUACGGAUUACGGAGUAAUAAAUAAGUCGGUUGGCUGGUUCGUUGAGUUUCUUUCCAUAAGAAGAUAGAAGAAGGUCGAGCUUCAGAACUACUGGUUAGUUGGGAGAAACAAAAUGUCUACCUCCGCGGAGAAGAACGAAGUGGCGCCCUUGGAACUCCCUGCUCCUCCUGGCUGGAAAAAAACGCUUAUCCCCCAAGCAGCAGGGAAGAGGAAAAGAAAACAUGAGGUGAUGUUUACAGCUCCAACAGGGGAAGAGUUGACUAGCAAAACACAGCUGCGACAGUAUCUGAAGUCAAACCCUGGCGGUCCUGAACUGUCAGACUUUCACUGGGGGGCUAGUGAAACCCCUAGGCGAUCGGCAAGGAUCAGUGUCAAGGCAAAGGCUUCUCCACCGUCCUCACCUGAAAGAAAAAGGCCUACCAAACGAGGCAGAUUGUCAUUAACUUCGAAGGAGGAUGCCCAAGAGAAUGAAGCAGAAAAGACUGAUAUUGAUUCUGCAGCUGGGGAUCCUGAAAAAGAUGCUGAGGAUAAGGAUGAUGACAUCCAGGAGUCCAAGAUGGAGGACAGUGAAGACAAAAAGAUGCAUGAAACCUUAACUGCUGAUGAUAAGGCAGAAAACGCUCAGCAAACCUAUUUCGAGGACGAUGUCAAAAUUGCACAAGAGAACAAAGAAGAAAAAGCUGAGAAUGAAGAUGAAAAGAGGCAUGAAACCCUAACUGCUGAUGAUAAGGAAGAUAUUGCUCCUUCUGAACAAACCAAUGUUGGGGAAGAUGUCAAAAUGGCAGAAGACACUGAGAAUACUGAAAAUAAGGGUGCCCUAGGCAAAGAAGCAGAAAGUGCUGAGAAUGAUUCUACAGGUAGGGGUCCUGAAAAUGAUACCAAGGAGGAGAUGGAUCUGAUAAAGGAGAAUGAAGAUGAAAACAAACAUGAAGCCCUUACUGCCAAUGAGAAGGCAGCAAUUGCUCGUGGUGAACAAACCAAUGUUGGGGAAGAUGUCAAAAUGGCUGGCAAUGUUGAACAUGAGAAGAAAGACGGUGAGCAUUUCAAGGAAGAUGACCAGGCUACGGAGAAUCAUGAUGAUGCACGUGAAGCUGACAAUCUGGCUAGCGCUGUUGGUGGCAAGCUGCAUAAAGCAGGAGAGGGGGGAAAUGAACUGCCACAGCAGGUUCGUGCCAUGGAAGACCAGAAUAAUUUGGUGAACAACGUCGAGGGAGAAGGAACAGAAAAUGGUGCCAAAACUAACUGAAGGGGCAUACUCAGAGUUAUGACUCCUAGAAUAUGCUUAGCUAUAAGAUAAUUGCAUUGCUUUUGGCCAUCAAUUUGUAAAGUGGUAGAGACGUAGAGUAGGGUCGUACACACUUCACGGCUCUGUUUGAUAUGAAAGGAUUUCCCAUUUCUUGCAUGCAGAAUCGAUAGUCCCCCCCAUCAUUGUCUUUACUGUAGUAGCGCUUACCCGACACCUUUGUUGUUAAGGACACUUUUAGGUUGCAACCAACUUUUGUUGAAUGUUAUUGACAAAACUCCCUUUUGUAUUACUAUAUAAAUAUAAUAUGCAAUGCCUACUCAUUCAAUAGUUUUUAUAUGCCAUUGUGCCAGUCUUGGUUUUACUAAUUAUUCACAUGUACACACCAGGUUUCUGAUGGCUAGUUUGAAACUUCACACUCCAUAUGUGUUGAAUAAUGAACUGAUGAUAGUACAUGUCUUUCC